AUGUAUUCCGUAACUACAAACCACAUAACUCUGAUAGUUGCAGCUACAGCUCAUCACUCACAUUAUUUCCUCACGGCCCGUCCUAACGCUUUCAGAAACGGGAGGAAAAUUACGGAGGGAGCUCCCCUGCGCCCAAGCAGCGCCUGCAGGGCGGUGCCCAUCGCCACACCCGUUACCCGCAGCGCAGCACAGCGCAGCCCUCCUCUCUCACACAGCUGCUCCCGGCCCAAACGGCCACGCGUGACGUCAGGAAGCCGUCACGACCCCCCCCAAGCCCCGCGCGAACCCGCCCGGCCCGCAGGGGGAGCUCCGCCCCCCGGGCGCGCGCCGGCCGGGCCGUGUGAAGAAGCGCACCUUUUGCACGAGUCCCGCUCGCCGCGGGGCGGGACCGCGGGGCAGAAGCCGACAGGCUUCGCCAAUCGGAGCCGCCGCUCGCGGGACGUCACGCCGAGCACCGCCCGCCGGCCCGGCGAUGGGCGGUCCCGCCGGGGAGGGGCCGGCUGUCGCGAGGGCGCGCCGGCCAAUGGUGGACGAGGCGGGGGGCGGGGGCGGGCGGGCCGCGCCGAGCGGAGGGGCGGCGGCCAAUGGGGCGCGGGCUGGGAGGCGUGGCCGCGCCGGCUCGGGUUCCGUGUGGAAAGAGGGAUGGCGGCCGAGGGGCCGGGCGGGCCGCGGUGGUGGCAGAACCGGCGGGCGCGGCUGCUAUGCAUGCUGGCGCUUACCUUCCUCUUCUUCGUGGUGGAGGUGGUGGUGAGCCGCGUCACGUCGUCGCUGGCCAUGCUGUCCGACUCCUUCCACAUGCUCUCCGAUGUCAUGGCCCUGGUCGUGGCGCUGGUGGCCGUGCGCUUCGCCCAGCGCACCCGCGCCACCAAGAAGAACACCUUCGGCUGGGUGCGCGCCGAGGUGAUGGGCGCCCUGGUCAACGCCGUCUUCCUCACCGCCCUCUGCUUCACCAUCCUGCUGGAGGCCAUCGAGCGCUUCACCGAGCCCCACGAGAUCCAGCAGCCGCUGGUGGUCAUCGCCGUGGGGGUGGCGGGGCUCGUCAUCAACCUGCUGGGGCUCUGCCUCUUCAACCACCACGGCGUCGGCGGACACGGCCAUUCCCACGGCCACGCGCACGGGGGUGGCGCCCGGCUCCCCCGGGGCAGCGCCAAGGCCGAGCAAAGCCCCGGGGACGGGGAGGCCGCGCUGCACCGCGAGGAGACCAGCACCUUGGUGGAGAACUGCAGCGGCUCCAAUGGGGUCAGCCAGGAGAAGCUGGGUGAUAUGAAGGACGACACGACUGACCUACAAGUGAAUGGGAACGCUGGGCAUUAUCCUCUGGAUGUUGAAGAGGUUGAGGAAGACUCUAGCGCGCAGCUUAACAUGCGUGGAGUUUUUCUGCAUGUUUUUGGAGAUGCCUUAGGUUCAGUAAUUGUCGUAGUGAAUGCCUUGCUCUUUUAUGGUUUGUGGAAUCCAUGCCCCAAAGAUGGGCCCUGCUUUAAUCCGUGUGUCAAUAGCCAUUGUGUGGAGAAUGCUACUUUAUCCCAACCUCUUGGCAGUGUAAACAAGUCUGAGCAAGAGAGCAUUACGGUGGCUGGUCCAUGCUGGUUACUAUAUUUAGACCCUGUUCUUUGUUUGAUUAUGGUUUGUAUCCUCCUUUACACAACUUACCCGUUGCUUAGGGAGUCGGCCCUUAUACUUCUGCAGACUGUUCCCAAACAAAUAGAUGUUCAUUCUUUGAACUCAAAAUUACGUACCCUUGAAGGAGUUGAAGCGGUGCAUGAAUUACACAUUUGGCAGCUAGCAGGCAGUAGGAUCAUUGGCACGGCUCACAUAAAGUGUCCUGACCCUUCCACGUACAUGAUGGUGGCAAAGCGCAUAAAAGAGAUCUUUCAUGAUGAAGGGAUUCAUGCAACUACCAUCCAGCCCGAGUUUGCCAGUGUUGGCUCUGAAUCAGGGAGAGGGAAAUGCGAGUUUCCUUGCAGAACUCAGUGUGCUUUGAAGCAAUGUUGUGGAACGAUAGAAGAUAAUACUGGAAAGAAGACAGAAAAAUCUUCUUCGCUUAGUAUUUCUUGUUCAGAGGUUGUCAUUGAAUUUCCACACAACAAAACUAGAAGGACUAAAUCGGAGAGUGUACCUGCGGUUAAGCUAGAGGCAAACACCGAUCAAAACGAGCAGUUUGAAUCAUCUUUGUAACUCCCUGAAUGGUGCUACCUGAGUUUUGGUGACUUUGACAACAGCUGUGUUGCAAGGGGAAGAGACAGAUGUUUGAGAUGCAUUUUGCCAAUUAGUGUAAUUGCUGAGGUCCUUGUUCUUGUCAUAUUGCUAAAUCUAGAAUGCUUGUUCUAAAGAACAUGUCACUGUCAUACAACGUUUCUGUUGACUUCCUAGUGAGACAGAAAGUGCACCGAUGCUGUAACAACUUCAGAAAAACAGUUUCAACAUUUCAGCUGAGACACUUUUUGUUGUGCUUCAAAUUAUUAUUAUUAUUAUUUUUUUUUUUCAAUUAAAAGAUACUUGAGGGAUAAGCAUAUAGGAACUCAAUUUGUGUUACAGAUCUCUUGGACCUGCUUUUUCCUUUAAUAUUUGAUUUGUAGAUAUUUUAAUAUAUUGUUUAUUUAGAAGCCCUAAGGAAACCAAAGUUGAUAGAACAUUUUUAAAGAUAUAACUACUUAAAACUGGAAACCACUUUGUCAGUUUCACGUAUUUUUCUUAAUCUUAUGUAAUAAAAAAUGUGAAGGUUUUUCUUACAAAUAUAUCACAUAGCAUAUUUUUAAGGAGACGUCAAGUGAUUGUGAGAACAUCCCCAUCUUUUCUGGUAAGAUAGUGAGGUAAUUAAAAUCAACGACCUGUGAAAAUAUCAGAUGUGAAAGGGUUUUGGUUUUGUUUUUUUUUUUGCUCAAAAUGAAAGUUCAAGCUACUGUAUAUUGUGUGUGAUCAGGAUGUGAGAAUGGCAGAUAAAGUAAUGCCUACUUUAAUAUGUUACAGAUUUUCUGGUGUUUUUCAUUAUUUCCAAGUUGCGUAUCAUCAUAGAAGUCUUUGAGCUUAAGGAAGCCUUGACUCUGCCAUGAAUGAAGAGCUGGAGCUUCAGCUUUAACUGAUGCUGAGUUUACUAAUAAAAGAAUUUAGUUGUGUCAGUAAGAGCUCUGUCAGGGGGAAGUUUGUCAAGCUCUGACAGUAAAACCAAUGCUUUUCAAAAGCUUUGGCAUAGCCUCCAUGAACAGUAAUCCAGUGAGGCAUUUUGCGUGUAGUUAAGUCUGUCUGCAAGCACUUGCAGUGGCUGUGCUCCUGGUCUCUGCAGCAUCCUUGGGAGUGUCCAUCUGGUUUCUGCUAAAGUGUACGGGGGGAGCAGGAUUUCAUUCACUGUACUUUAUUUUGUAAGAUGUGUAUCACAUAAUUUCAGUUAAGGAGUAUCUGAUUCUUUGCUUUUGAAUGUUAAAUCAGUUAAUUGACAGCUGGCUGUAAAGAAGCUGUUACAGUGUGCUGCCAAACUUACACCUUCACAGGAGAAGCUGAUCUGUGGACUCUGAAUCUGGCGGAGACUAGGUGAGAGUUGAAGAUAAAAGGAAUCUAGUCUAAAACCCUGACCCUCUUGAUCCACCUGUGAGUUGUGUAUGGGGAAUAAUGCCUGGUCAUUAAUCGACUGCUCCUGUGCUCCAAACUGGAAAGCCGCUCACAUCUUCCAUUGUUUGCUGUAUGACUCUGGGCAUGUCGGAUAAACACUCUGCCUCGGUUUCCCUGUCUUAACAUGGGAAUAAUACCUACCUCACAGGGGUGUUGUGAGGCUCAACUCUUGCGUGAUGAACUCUGAGAUCUGUUACUGGAAGGCACUGGAAGGAGUGUGGGAUACUAAACUGCGUUAGUGUUUGCUCCUUCAAAUGUAUUACAAUACCCAGGCACAACAGAGGGAACCGAGGAUAGUUUUGGCCUUACAAAAUUCUUUGAUGCUAUGGUUUUCAGGUUUUCAACAGUAUUUAAGUAUAGAUUUUUUAAAAGAAUGUUUUGUUAGUGAAGGGAAUGUAGCUUUGCCUCCAGAUACAGAACACUUUGCUAGUUUGCAUUUCCAAUACGCAUCUUGUAUGCUAAUUGCUCAUAAGUAGUUUGGAAUAGUCUGCUGCUCAUCAGUCCUGGGUUGUGUCAGUAGUCUUACCCAACCUCUCAGUGGAGCAUUGCAGUCAACUCUCGAUUAUCCAUGGGUGGAUGACCAGUGUUGUGUGCUGGCUGUGCAGUCUGCAUGGCCAGGCUAGCUGUAGCGAAUGCCGGUGUGGUGCCACGUGUCAAUGCACGGGAGAAGUAGCGGGGCUUAGCCCAGCUCGGGGCAGUGGUGCUUCCCAGCAUCACUGAGCGUGCUCUGUGUUUCUGCUUGUAUAGUUUGAUGAACUAACUUAAAUAUGUUAAUAUAGUAUUUAUAUAUGGUUUUGUUCUGUCUGAAUUAGCUUAAUUCUUUCUCGUGUUACCUGUAUAUGAUCUAGAGUUGACUGUUAUGAGAUCUUGUAUGAGACUACGUUUGCAAAAUAUGCUACUACUGCUAGUAUACUACAAAGUAUUAUCCAAGUAAAUUUUGAAAUGAACAAAGUGCUUUUUUUAUUUUUUUUUUUUUUUUUUUUUUUUGAAAUGUGUAUUCUUGCUUUCUAUGGUAAACUUUUAGUAAUUAUUUUGCUUGCUAGUUUAAAAUUGGUCUCAGUCAUUAGUAUGAAUUAUUGAGGUCCUGCUGUGUAUCACUAAUGCACUGUAGAACUACUGCUCUUAGAUUUAUUUUAAAAAAGAAAAACACCAAAAAAAGCAUGCAGAGGGACUAUAGUAGCCCUGACAAGUCCAACAUCUCUCCUAUUGCUUUUAUAAAAAGAGAGCAACGCUUAAGUCACGCCCGUUGCCACCAUUGGUUAACAGUUUCAGUAAAUGCACCCAAAUAGAUGAAAUUGUGGUCACUAAUUCCACUGUAACUAUUUAAUCUUUUUGUGCCAGAAGUCAUAUUUUUCUAUUACUGUGUCCAUUGCAGGCAAUGGCUAGCUUAAAAGACACAAAGCUCUCCUCCACAUUAUUUUUAUUACCAGGACAGGACAUGAAUGUGAUGCUGAAGAUGCUGAUGCUGACAGGGGGCACAGGGAGCUGCGCAGCCUCUUUGUCCUGUGGCAUGUUGCGUGUUCAGCACCAGCUGCUGGGAACGGGGCCCUUCAAUCUCUUUAGCUUGAUUCCUUCCCUGGAAGUACAAGGCUGGCCAGGUGGCCAUACUGCAGCACGAACACUGUUUUUGUGCUUAUUCUGGCUGUGUUAGACCCAACAAGACAGCUGACCUGCCUGUGGUUACUCAGACCAGAUUUAUUCUGAAAAUCAUAGUUCCAGAAUACCGAGAGCCUUCAAAGACACUGCACAGUCUGUCCUUUUUUUUCCCGCAAAGCACAAAACUAGUGAAUCUCCUGUAAGUGAGCACUGCAGUGGUGGGGAGCUAAUUGUAUUGUGUAUCACAUUCCUGAAUUUUUUAAAUAAUAAUUAAAAAAAAACAGCUAUGGAACACUGAUUUUAAGGAAAAAUAAGUUUGUAUUUCAGUGUCUAGAUUGUUUAUGCUUCUGAUUAAAUGUUAGAGAUGUGCCAAA